AUGCUUGCACGAACGACCCGGCUCAAAGUGCUUCAGCGGCCUAGCGCUGCGCCUUUCGCCGCACUCCGAUACUAUGCUGUCCCCGUGAACCCUUCGAGUUCAGUCGAUGCGCUCCUUGGCACGUCGGUCCCGCCACCGCCCAGAGAAGGACAGGAAAUCGGCUCGGCACCUCCUGGUACCUACAGCACACCUUCCCGCUUCGGCAGAAAGAACCCCAACGACAUCGCCGACAUCCUUCGUGGCAACCGUCCGCGAGAUCCGACACGUGGCUCUUCCAACGGCAGCGGCAGCAGCGGCGAUCCGUCAAAGACGAGCCAUGCUGAUCUUCAACGCAUCAAAGGCACCGCUAUCGGCGCCGAACGCAAGGGCAUCCCGAUCCCUUCGCGGGACGAAAUGCUCGAGGAGAUGUUCAAGCGACCCAUGCGUGAGCUCGAAGAACGACGCAACAUCGUCGAUCGCGAACACCCUCAUCCCAUCGAUGCACUCUACGGUCGCAACGAGUUGGACGAACGUGUCCUGGCCGCUGCUCGUGCGCUCCAUGCCGCUUCUGCCAAUCCGAGUCCUCGAGCCGCAGGUGCGGCUGAUCUGUUCAAAGCGGCCACGAUUCCGCGCUUGUUGGAGCGGUUCGAGUCGAGGGCAGGGUACCAGCUGUCCAUCGAGCUUCCCUACGAGCCGACCCCGUCUGACGAACGAAAGGUGCCACUCACGUCUGCCCAUAGCUCCGAAGCUGAGCUGCAAGAUGCCAACGAUGAUGGUGUGUUGCUGCUUGCGUACGUGUCGAACUUGACAGGUGCGAGGGGCACGGAGCGUAUCAGCGUCUGCUCGGCGUUUGCGGUUGAGGGAGGAGAUAAGAUUUCGGCAGAAGAUGGCGAUGGAAAGGGCGCCCUCAUCGUCUCGUGUGCUCACACUUUGCGCGCCUCAUCUCCGUCCAAAGCUGCAUCUGAUGCCGAGUCUUCCACCGCGGAUGCUAGUACGAGCUCUCCGGCUGACAGUAUCGCUGUAGCCAUCACUCGGACAGGAGCCAUCUACCCCGUGCGCAAUCUGAUCAGCAGCCUCGCUGCAUCCGAUGUCAUUCUUCUCCAACUCGGCACCACACCUCUUUCGCUCAAAGGAAGUUCGGCGACCCCACAGCCGGUCAGGACGCUCCCUGUCUCACCGUACCCUGCACACGUCAACAGUGAGCUUUCCGUUUCGUCCUUUUGGGGGUGGGAGGACGAUUCCGGUGCCAUCCUGCCCGCGUACACGUACGAUUCCGAACAGCAAAACCUCGGCGUCGCCACGACCAGCUCGCCCCAGGGUCGGGAAAAGGAACGCGUAGCGCUGGAACGCGACGAUGCAGGUCGAAGCCGGUGGGGACGAGCGAGGUUGGUGGAGUACAAGGAUCCCUGCGGGGCGAGUGCGAUGGUGGGUACGUACGAUGAGCUUGCGCAGCUGGACUACAAGCUUCUCGUGUCGUCGCCGGCGAACCCUCCGGCUCUGCAGGGCGAUUACGCGCUGAGGCUGUCGAGCACGCUCUCCGAAUCAACGCGUCCCGCAGCCGCAUUUGGUUCAACUGCUUCGUCAGGCUCAACGUCCAACCCCGAGGUGAUGCAGAGUCAGACGCGCAAGCCACUGCCCAACUUCCCACCGCCCGGAUCGUCCGGUGGACCCGUUGUGGACGUAGAGACGGGCAGCGUGGUCGGCGUGGUUAGGGGGCACAAGAUGAGUCCCUUGGAGGGGAGGAGAGGGGAUGCUGUGCCGGCAGAGAAGGUGUUUGAGUUCUUUGCGUUGCCUGGUUUGGGCAGGAAGAACUGA